CUCUCGGGCAGAACUGUCUUUGUGUACGGAGUACCACGGGGUCCGUUUUAGGCCCGGUUCUAUUCACAAUGUGUACCAGGCCAAAUUCCCUCUUGCUCAGGAGCCAUGCUGUGGAGAGCCAGUCUUUCGCUGAUGACACGCAGCUAGACAAUCAUACCCAUACCUCUAUUGUCGAUUCUACUAUCCGGGCUUUGCGAGAGAGCAUUGAUGAUUUCAAGACACGGAUGACACUCAGUAAGUUGAAGCUUAACUAUGACCAAUCAGAUGCACUCUUUAUUCACGAUCAAAAAAUAACAAUUUUAUGAACUGGUGAUUUGAAAGUUGUGACAAGGCUUUCACACAAAAAUCGCAUUAAAUGCUUGAUCCAAAUAAAAAAAAAUAAUAAUCGUGUGAACAAAGCAUAAUUCUAACAAUGUAACAAACACACAAAUACAUGAAAACGAUAAAUAUGUUUUUUUUUAAAAUACAUUGAUCUUUAUAGAAAGAGCGAGUUAAAGAUCUUAGACAAGUAUUUACAUAUCGAUUGCUAAUUAGAAAUGUGUUUUUCAAAGCAAUUACUUUCAUUAUCAGUGUUGAAAGUUUCCGAAUAGUAAGCCAUCAAAGGGAGCGCGUUAACACGUUAGACCCAGUGAACAUAAAUAUUUUCAUAACCCAAGUUAAAACCGAACUGUUAGAUUAUAUCAGUAUUAUAAAUUUGUUCAACGGGUUUCAAAGUUUAAGUACAACUUGAUUUUACCACGUCUGUCUUAUUACUCAUUUCCGUAAUUUUUAUUAUAAAUACGUUAACUGUAGCUUUAAUAUCGAGAUGAAACGCUAAAAUGGCUCUAGAUUUAAGUGGCCAUCUUUUACAUAUAGUAUUUUUAAUUGUGUGCUUCAACGUUUCUAUACAUUGGGGUAAUCACCAAUUUUAAGCAACAGCAAUAAAUAAUAUAUAACAAUCGAGUUCGUCAAUAUAAUCACAAUUAUUUGAGCUCCCAGUGUACUACCCAAUAAAAAUAAUCGUUUUGAUACAAAGAAAGUUCUUAAUUUUUUUUUUAAAUGCAUGGAAAAAGCGCGUUUACAUCGUUUUAAAAUUUAGUUGUUUAUUUUAGUCAAUUGUUAAUUUGAAAUGCUUAAAGACUAUCUCUAAUUAGAAAACAAAGAAGAUAAUUUUUUAUAUUUUAACUUUUGCAUUGUGUGUACUAUCUUUGACCUACUCAGAUAGAUGACCAUGCACAUUUUGUUAUCACCAAUGUCUUAAUUCUCUUAUAGGUUAUUUUACUUACAAGUUACAAAUUUAAGAAAUAAUGCGUGGUCGAUUUAACUUAAUUUACAGUAAUAAGACUUACGAUUUUAGAAGAGUGUUACUUUUUUCUUUUUUUAUAAAAUUUGUUUUAACUUGUUUUUGUUUUUUAUUUGUUUUUUUUUUUAUUUUAUUAUGCAUAAAAUUCCCACAGUAAGAAAAUGCUAUUUAAUUAUAGACUCGCAAAAAAAAUUAAAAAAGAAACUCAUAAUCAAUGUCAUUAAAAAUUUUUUUUAAAAAUAUAUUGUGAACAAUUAGCUUGCAGGCCAGGCGAAGAGGGACAACCCCAUAUUCUUAGUUUCAAUUGGACACAAACAUUUUACACUAUCAACGAAAUCUAUUUCAAUGUAAAUAACGCACUCAAAGGUGUGUGUACAAUGACGCAGGGAUGUUCAAGCUUCGAGACCAAAAAUUACAAUUUUGCAAUGAAUUAUUUAAAGGACGCAUUUCAAGUUUCUUUGAGAGUGCACAACAUUUCGAGACAAGUGAAUGGUUUAACUAAGAUUCAAGUUGGAGCCAUUAAUAAAGAUUUAUCACGAAACGCCGAAUAUACUUGUUAUUUAAAAGUCUAUAGUAAGUAAAAGUAUUUUUAUCUUUUUAACUGAAAAGUUCAUAAAAAGAAAAUGUUUACUUUUUUUUCAAAGGAUGAUGCAACACAAUGCAAAACCGUAUAUAUUAUCAUUCCUAUCUACCUGUUUUGUAUCAUUCAAGUUCUUAUAAUGUUUCACUGUAUUCGAAAAAGUGAUAACGAGGUAUUUAUGUACAUAUAUAAUUUAUUUUUCAAGUUAAAAAAUAAGGCAAAUUUUAUUUUUCGUAAUGUGUACACUUUUGAACCAACUACCAUAAUUAACCUUCUAAAACAAUAGCCCUAAGUAAAAUUAAAAUAUAUUUUAAAGUAUUGAGUUAUUCUAUUAAGAGGAAAUGUACAAGUUGAAAUUCAAAGAUAGCUUAAAUAUGUUUUAUCAAAAUGAGAAGUAAACUAUCACUAUUAGUUAAAAUGUAUGCCUUACAAUGAUAUCAAAAGUCUUUAGUCUACAUACACAAUAUUUUAAAAAGUCACGCCUUCUUCUGACAAACUGCGAAAAUUGUUGACAUUGUACGUGUUCCCUAUAUUUUUGAAGUUUAUUAUGCUCAUGGAAUUUAAUAUUUUUUUUUAGAUUUCAAAAUGUGUUAAAAUGUUUUUUACAUUAAGUUUCCUUUUAUUUCUUAAUAUUUUAAAUGAAAGAAUACACAUUUUUGUAAAUAUGUUCUUCUAAUUAAAAAAAAACACCCCUAAGCUUUACCAAAACGUUAACCCAUAAUCUAACCCUGACUCAACAAAGACGCAAACUAUAAACCUAAGCUGAAUCUUAAGCAUAAUGCUUAUUCUGAGCACUUUCAAUAUAACCCUAUAACGGAACCCUAACGCUUUUAUAAAAAAGAUAAUACAAAAGAUAUAAAAAGCACAAUAACUAUUCAAACAAAAUGUACAAAAUAAAAUAUAAUUCUAACACAAAUAUUAAUCACUGAAUUUUAUUAUCUUCUCUUCUUUUUUGUUAUUACCCAAACACUAGUGCCAAAUCUUUAAUCGAACUAUGUGCCUAACACUUGGAAAUGAUAACUUAAAAGCCUUAUAGCUUGAGACUAGCACACAUGAAAAUCAUAAGACCUAAUCCCCACCUUAAUCCUAAUCUCAAACUCAAACCUAAUAUUUACCCAAGCUCUAAUUUCAUCCCUUAAACACAACGCAAAUGUUUGAUUUAAACUCUUCAUCUAGCCUAAACCUAAGUUUUAACGACACGCAUUACCUACCAUUAAUACUAGCCCUACAUUUCUCAUUUAUCUAGGCUUAAUGGCUGAGCCUAAAUCACAACCAAAACUUAAUGAAUCCUAAAUCUAGACACAACCAUACGUGUCGCUGUAACCCUGGCGCUAACCGUUAGCCUGAUAUUUAUUCGUAAGUUUUAACUUUACCCUAAACUUGAACCUUAACGUGCACACGUAACUUUGACUUACACCCUAAACACAAUUGCCUACCAUAAUCAUUACCACAACAUCUAUUCAUUAUGAUUAGAGCUGAGUUACUUUUUACGGUUAUGGUGGGUAAUUUAAGACACAUAAUUGAAAACACGGUGCUAUUUUAGGCGCUGAUUCCAAAAUCAACAAAAAGUUGUAUUUAAUCUGCUGUAGAUUUUAGCCUGGAUUAAUUGAAAUUGGUAUUUUACAGUUCGCUAAAUAAAAUAGAUCUUUUGCAUAUUAUUGACAUCAUAACCUAUUUAAAAUUAAAAUGCAUGCAUUUAAAUUAUACUAAUUUAGUCAAUUAUGAUCGCCUGCCUUUAGAUUUAAGGUGGAAAACUGAUGUAGUUUAGUACAAACAUACAAUUCAAGUAAUAGGGAUCAGUGCUGCCUUUUGUGGGUGAAAAAAAACAACUGGAACCCAUGUGUCAGGAAUGAGUUAAUAUUUUUUUCUGAAAUGUUGACUAUUUAAUUUAAUAAAAAAUGUAGAGAUAUCUAGAAAUGAAAGGUCUCUACAGAAGAGAGGCAAAAAUAGUUAUCACAAGUUUAUAGGCAAUCGUAAAAAUUAUAUUUCUGCCGACGAAUCGCAGUAACAAAUCUAUGUUUAGUAUUUUCAACACAAGAGUGUAAAGGGAAUAAAAUGUAUAUUUUUUUUUUUUGGGGGGGGGGGGGGGGUGGGGGAGAAAAAAAAAACACAAGUUCAAGUGUAACAUUAAAGGCUCCCCAUUGUGUGUUGGCCAAUGUAAUUAAUUUAUUUUAUUUACAUUUUUUUGUGUGUAAAUUACAUGAACUUAUUUAUUGAUAAAAGUUUGCAAUAUUUUACGUCCAUCACUUAUAAGCCAUGAUUAUCAAUGCUUGUAUAUGCACACAUGAUUGUAUGGUUAACAGAUAUAUAUUCCGUCUAGUGUUGAGCUAAAAUUGAUUUCUUUAUAUGCAAUUAAAAUUGUUAAAUUAUUACGUGAGAGGGAAGUACAGAAUGCUAACUAUAUCAUCAAAAAUGUAUUAUCAAAUUUAAUAGUUUUUUUUAAAUAUAUUAUAAUUAUUUAAACUUUUUUUCCAGAGAAAGUUUCUAAUUUAAAAUGUAUUAAAAUGCUUUCGGCUGAUGGUUUAUCACUAUCAUGCUCUUCUUGGAGGGUGUAUCCAGAAGCGAAAUGUGAUUAUUAUGUGUCUAUUAACGGGGUAAGUAUUGGUUUUUAAAUGUAUACAUUUGUAACCAUAAACAUGAAUGUGAUAAAAAAAUGGCAAAUAGUCUAACUGAUUUUAGAAUAAAAUUGAGUUCAAAUCUAGUUGCCAACUAAAUAAAUCCUUUAAAAAUUACUUCGAUUGAUAUUUAUUAAACAAAUUGAUGUCUUUAUAACGUCCCUUUACUAUGUUAAUAAUGAAAUGACCAUUCAAAUGAAAGGUUUUAACUUUCCUCCUCUGUCAGAUGUGUGGCCUAAUUAAAAAACAACUCCAAAAUUUCAAGUUAGAGUAAAAUAACCACAUAUAUGUAUGCGUUAUCAAAGCUUUAGCAUAACCUUUCAAAAAUAGGGAAUGAAUUGCUCGGUUUGUUAACAGUGCAUUGUAUAUUCCGCUUUUUAAAAGAUCUCAAAAGUAUACUUCUUGUGUAAUACGCAAUGAAACUAGACUUAGAACAAAGAUGGGAUGUCUAAAUUAAAAUAGAUGGUUCAUUAUGCUACAAAAUGAAGUAAGGGAUGAGAGUUUAACAUACUUAUCUACACAUUGGCAGAAAGUUUAUAUUGGUAAUGAACUGAACAUAAAUGUAAUUUUCAAAAUUGAGUCAACAUUGAAGUGUACAAUCUCAAUGCGUUAAUAAUCGUAAUCUAGAUGUCUAGAAACUAUUAAAUAUUAUUACAUAGUACGUCGAAUACUUAUAACCUAUUGGCGUGAGACAAAAUUUGAUCACCGAUAACUUUCCAACAGAAACUGUCAAUGUAUGUCAAGAGACUUUAUCAAACAAUCUUCCCAUCUGUGAACAAAUCAGCACUAAAAAAUCAUUUUUAUAUACACAUGUAUUCAUAUGAUUAAUUUCCCAUCGUUUCUACAGAAAGCGUUUAAGUUUAGGGUUUUGUUUUCUGGUUAUUCUUCAAAAAAAUGACUCUCCAACUUUUUUAUGCUAAAAUAUCAUACAAGAAAAUUAUAAAAAUAACAAUAAUUUAAAUAAUAAUAAAAUCCUAUGGAUGAAGGCAUUCGUCUGCUGCAGUUAACAUCUAAAAAAAUAAAUAAAAAUUAACCAAGAUCUCAACCACAGUCUUUCCAUCAAUAAAACCGUCACGUUGUAAAAUAGCCCCCCCCCCCCCAACAUUACUGAAACCGGAGUAGCAAAAUAAAUAAUAAUAAAAUCCUAUGGAUGAAGGCAUUCGUCUGCUGCAGUUAAAAUCUAAAAAAAUAAAUAAAAAUAAACCAAGAUCUCAACCACAGUCUUUCCAUCAAUAAAACCGUCACGUUGUAAAAUAGCCCCCCCCCCCCCAACAUUACUGAAACCGGAGUAGCAAAACUUCUCAAAAACCUGAAACCCAAUAAAGCGCCCGGACCUGACUGUAUCCCGAACAUUGUCCUGAAGACACUGGCUGACAACAUCGCCCCAAACAUGAUCCACAUUUUCCAACAGUAGCUUGACUCCGGCAAACUCCCUCUAGACUGGCUUGAUGCAAAUAUUUUACAAGCAAAUACGUUUUGAAAUAAAUACGUUAUUGCAUACUUUAAAAAAUUUAUGAAACAAGUAUAUAUAUUUUGAUUUACAACUUUUGACUAUUCUCCACAGCGAAAAAUGGAUUUAAAGUUGAUAACAACAUACAGCAACGUGGAGCUUCCGGGUCUUUACAUUUAUUUUAACUCCACCUGUUCAGUGUUUAUUUCCAAGUUGAAUUUGAGUCCUGGAGCUUACACGAUAAACGUAACAAUGUAUCCCAAUGUCACUGGGACCACAUCAGAUAUUAGUUAUGGGCAGCAUACAAGUCUAUCAUUGAAGCUAGGUAAGUUUACAAAAUAAUAUUGCUGAUUAAAAAGCGGUAGCGGCAACGCCGGCCUUAGGUAAACCGUAGCCCUCACCAAGUACCCGGUCGGCGCUUCCUUCCGUAUAAUUAAAUUAGUUUCCACGCAAUUUCGGUUGGUCCCAACCCAAGUGUUGGUAUCCAAAUCAAGAAUGAAACUUUCUUUGUAUGAAAACUCAUUGUAUGAAAAGCAAUUGUAUCAAAAGUUAAAAUACCGUUUCACAAACACGGACCCGAAAUUUACAUUUUACUAUAAUGAACUAAGGGAAUGUAAAUAUUUACUGGGCACCCGAGGCGUCCCUAUGGUCAUGGCGCCUUUUUCGAAAGCACGGGUCACACAUCCUAAAGGCCAGCGUUCAUAGCAGAUAAUUGCAUCGACAGACAUUUCAUCGACAAAGAAAAAAAAACAAACAACAAAAUAACAUUGAAAUGGACACUUCGUCGAUAAAAAGAACAUUUCUAUGGACACCUUAUCAAGUUACAAUCAGCAUUGUAUAUUGAUGUAUAUUAUGGUGUAGUUGACACAUAGAACGACUUUUUUUCGGGGCCUGGGCUCAAGUGCAUUGUAUCCUUAGAUAAGCUACACAAAGACACGUUUAAAUGUGUAAACGACAGAUGAAUCUAGUCCAAAGUUAUUAGGCGAACCAGGCAUCAUCCGAAAUUAAAAUACUGCCAUAUUUGAAACUAAUACAAUUCUCUCCACUUGACCCUAUUAAAACUAAAUGCACUUAUUCAGUGACGAAUCAUCUUCUAAUUUCUUCUUGUCUGGACCUUCCCACCCCUACCCUACUUUCUACUUUACCCCAUUUUUAGAACAUCCAAGCGUUAUCUUAAGGGACUGUCCAGAAUAUGUUGAGGAUAAAACAGAAAUCCAAUGUGAAUGCUACUUAAAUGACGCAGGAACUAGUAACUCUUCCACCAAAUGGACUGACGCAUAUGGUAAUCGUCUUACAGAGAGUUCUGUAUUAACCUUUACUGCAAAUAAGUUGAUACCACCAGGUUAGUAAUAGACUCAUGUCUUAUCCUAUUAUGACUUUUGUCAAGUUUCAAAGGAUUAACACGAGAUUGAUUAAAAGAAAAUGGUGUACCAAGACAGAUUUACAUAAAUAGAUAUAAAUGGAAGUAUAUUUGAUGUACAUAUACUAAUUAUUCAAAGAAAAUUAAAUGCGUACAUAUCUUUUAGAUUACCACUGCAAGUCAUCAAAUUUGUUAGGUUGGGAAAGUAACUCCGUCUCCUACAGACCCACGUUGUUGU